AUGGAACUUCUAAUGGAGGCGAGAGCUAUUCCAAUGGGAGUUGGACUUAGUGAACCAGUGGAAAUGCUUCCAGAGGAUAUGGCGAGCUACAACUUUACUAGGACAGUUUGGAAGGAUUUAGUGCCACCUAGAGUUGAAUUGUUCAUAUGGUUUGUAUUGACUGGGAGGGCCAAUACGAAAGAGAGGCUGAGUCGGCUGGGAGUGGUUAACCAGGAGGAUGUUGUCUGUGUGUUGUGUAAUGAUAGUGUUGAAUAUGGAUAUCACUUGUUUCUUGGUUGUCGAUUUUCUUGGCAGGUGUGGUGUGCAUGGCUGUCGUUUGUUAGAAGGCCAUGGUCCUGCCCGGGAACGCUAAAGGAGCACUUCCAAAAUUGGACUGAGUUACCAACUAGUAAACAGGAGCGAAAGAGGUGGAUGGUAUGUUUCUGUACAAUUAUUUGGAAUAUCUGGCUAGAAAGGAAUAGGCGAAUUUUUCGGAAUGCAGAAAAAGGGGUUGACGAUAUCAUCUACCAGUCAUCCAUGAACUAUAAGGAAUGGAUAGGUGUGAAUCCCUUCUGUUGUUGA